GUUUCAACCAAUCCAACCAACUCAACCCAAACCCUCCUCAAAGAUGACCCCACCACCUAUCCAAUUACCAGACGAAAGUUCAUCUCCCAACAAACCCCAACCGAUCCAAAGAAAAGGAGAAAGCAAAUCCCAAACGAUCGAUCGACUUUCCACUGAACUAAAUGUGAUGAAGAUGUCAAAGAUACAUGCUGAAAGAAAAUUAAGAGAAUUAGAAGAUACUAUUAGAACUAAAGAACAAUUGAGUGAAGUUUCUAGAUCACAAUGUGAAGCUGCUUGGGAUACGAUUAGCGAAUUAAAAGAACAAUUAUCAGUUCAAUCAAUAAUCAUCAAAAGAUUAAAAGAAGAUGCCGAAAGUUUUCCAUUAUCGAGUCCAGGCUUGAUGAGAUCACAUCAUCAACUGUCAACUAUAAUCGAUACCUUACGAGAAUGUUUAACUUGUCCAUUAUGUUAUGAUGGAUUAGAAAGAUCAGAAGCCGUAAGUUUAGGAUGUGGUCAUACUUUUUGUCAAAACUGUAUUGAAUCCUGGGCCAAAUCAUCUAAUAAUCCAACCAGAAACCCACCAAACCAACCGACCCGGAGUUCUAAACCUUAUGAAGCUAAUCUAGUACAAUGUCCAGAAUGUAGAACAGAAGGAUCACAUCGAAUCCGAUUAUAUAUGUUAGAAGAAUCGAUUCGAUUGAUUUCACGUGCAGAGAAAGAAAGAAAAGUGAUAGAAGAUGAAGAGGUUAAGAGAAGAUUGAAACUUGAGGUUGUAGAUGUGGAUGAGAUACCUAAGUCUUUUGAUUUGUUAAGUGAUCCGAAUUGA